AUGCAGUCCUAUCCGUCCGAGGAUAUUCAACCGGUCCCAGCAGUAAGAACAACAAACAGAGGACAUCUCCAAUUUGCUGAAGACAAGGGUGGACUCUGGUCCUCUGGCAAUAGCACCAAUGUCUCCCUCUCUGUUAAUCAGCCCGUAAAAGGUGGAGGCCUUUAUUCAAAUUUGGCUCGACACUUCCAAGCCGAGAUCGACACCAGAUAUGCAGACAUAGUCUUGAUAGUUUGCGGGUUUGUCAGCGGGCUAGUUGACGGGCUAUCCUUUAACGCAUGGGGUAGCUUCUCAAGCAUGCAGACAGGGAAUACCCUCUUCAUCGCCCUCGGUGCCUCCUCCCAACCUAGAUAUCCAGCUUACCUCUGGGCCAAAUCACUCAUAGCCCUAUGCACUUUUAUAACCAGCAACGUCAUCUUCAUCCAGGUAGCCAGAAGACUGAGCCCUCGGCGUCGUUCAACUCUGAUUCUUUCGUUCGCUACCCAAACCAUCUGCCUCCUCGCUGCUGCCAUUCUGGUUGAAGCCAAAGUGGUCUCCCCGAAGCCAGAAGAUCCCCGGGCUCCGAUCCAGUGGAUGCAGAUUCUGCCCAUUACCCUACUUGCCUUCCAGGCAGGCGGGCAGAUCUGCGCGUCAAGGAUUCUCGCAUAUGAUGAGAUUCCUACUGUAGUACUCACAACCUUGUUGUGUGAUCUACUGGUCGACCCGGAUCUACUCGCAAAGAAGAACGCCAAGCGGAACAGACGGAUUGGAGCAUUCCUGGCGUUGUUUCUGGGGGCGAUGACAGCGGGUGGGUUGUCUAAAGUUGCUACCAUGGCGAGUAGCCUGUGGUUCGCCUUUGGGUUGAAAUUCACAAUCACCCUUAGUUGGAUCGUCUGGAGAGCAGAAGGGGGGAGUAAAGCUGGAGACGUCGUUUGA